GUGGGCCCAUCCUUGUCAGGCAGCAUUUAACGAGGAGUACAACCAACUGUAUUAAGUCUAAGUUUUUCUUUUUCAAUGAACAAAGUAAUGAUCUAAGAACAAGACCGAAUUCGAAACAAGAACAAGAUGCAAGCAGUAAGUCGUUUCUUGCUUGGGAGGCCUCAAAAUCUGCGCAGGGCUUCGCGGUUUGCUGAACUGACUCGGCUUGAUGUUGAGCACUUUCAAAAUGUGUUGGACGCGACAUCAGGCAGCACAAAUAGACGAGGUGCGAACAAAGAAGAUGUAGCCAAUCGCGGAAGCAGUGUUGUGCUUGCGUCGGACUUUGGAUCUGGAAGAACUACGUCAUCUUCAUCAAGUUCUUCGUCCUCGGCAAAACACGGGAGUGCUGUUGAGCUUGACCGCUACAACCGCGAUUGGCUUGGUACAGUCGAGGGCCAUUCGCAAUGCGUGCUGCGACCUCGCACUACGGAACAGAUAUCUGCAAUUUUGAAGCAUUGUCACGACAGGGGUCUCGCGGUGUGUCCUCAAGGCGGAAACACAGGCUUAGUUGGCGGCAGUGUACCUGUGUUUGAUGAAAUAGUAUUGUUAUGACUUCUUUCGGAAAUUCAUCUUCAGAAGCAUCUUGGACCUCCGUGUAAGGGGGAAAAGGGUCCAAGAGGUCUAAUAUUGAGUCUGGAACGCAUGAACGGCAUAGUAGAUAUCGAUGAGAGGUCAGGCGUGGCGGUUUUUGAAGCGGGAUGCGUACUGGAGCAAGCCAACAGUGCAUUGGAGAAGAAGGGGUUGCUGUUUCCCUUAGACUUAGGAGCUAAGGGUAGCUGUCAGAUCGGCGGAAACUUAGCGACAAAUGCAGGAGGCCUCCGGUUGUUGCGAUAUGGGAACUUGCAUGGGAAUUGUUUGGGACUGGAGUUCGUCAAGGCGGAUGGGUAUAACUACAACAUGUUCUACUUUGAGAGUGUCAUAUGAUGCUGAUGGGGUAGUACAAAACGAAAUACAACAUCACCAGGUCAGUCGUCGACGUUCUUUCUCGCAACAAAAAGGACAAUACUGGUAUCGACUUGAAGCAACUUUUGAUCGGUAGUGAAGGCACUCUAGGCAUCAUCACCAAAGCUGCUUUUCAGUGUCCGGUUUUGCCCGGAGACACCAACGUUCUUCUUUGCGCAGUGCGUACCUACGAAGAUUGCGUCAAGCUUUUCCAGAAAGCUAGACAGGAGCUAGGCGAAAUCCUUUCCGCAUUCGAGUUCUUUGAUGGCAGAAGCGUUGCGUGUACAAGGGAUAAUCUGCAAUUGGUGCCGCCAGAGUUUUUGACUGCUGCUGACUCUAGUAGUUCGGAUUCGGGUACUAGCACGACCCCAUCACGUUUUGCUGUUCUGAUCGAAACCUCAGGCGGCAAUGGAGAGCACGACAGCGCAAAACUAGAAGGGUUGCUUGAAUCUAGCUCAGCUGUUAUUCUUGAUGGCACAGUUGCUGCAAGCGGCACUCAACAGAGAAGCUUUUGGCAGUUAAGGGAAAGAAUUGCGGAAGGCUUGCUGAAAGAUGGGUACACCUACAAGUACGACGUCUCCGUUCCGGAUAUUAGCGACAUCUACAAGAUCGUCGAAGCAGCAGACAAACGCUUGCAAAGCAAACCCAUCUCUCGCAUUGUCGGCUACGGUCACAUGGGCGAUGGCAAUCUACACUUGAACGUUACAUCUCCAACGUUCGACCAAGAAAUACAAGACACGAUAGAACCGUGGCUGUGGUCUGAGGUGUCGAAGUAUGGAGGUAGUGUAUCUGCGGAACAUGGAAUUGGGUUGAUGAAAGUAAGGGCAGUCCAGUAUUCGAAAUCCGAGGAAGCGUUGAAUUUGAUGAAAGUGGUGAAGAACACCAUGGACCCGAAAGGGAUUUUAAACCCGUACAAAGUGUUGGAUGGGGAUUGGCCGCAGGAGGAGGGGUGAUGGUGAACCAUGGAGCGCAUGUUUCAUCGGACGUAGUUAUGCAGGGUUGAGAAAUCACGACAAAGACAGUUUCACUAGGAUAGCUGCUGUUGUAGUUGUACAGAAAACUAGAACAAUUACCGCGACACAGACGCUUCACAUUGUGAUGAACAGCUAUUGAGAGUGCCUUACGCAAAGUUGAAGGUGAACGACGUGAAGAGAGUGAAGGAUGUUGAAUCCUCCUGGAUGCGCAUGAGAUAGACUAAGUAUGAUUUUCUCCUUUUCUCAC